AUGGUAGCUCCCUCGAAGGCACCCAAAGAUACCCGGGCAAACCCCAAAAUCCCACGAAGAAAGAACGAACAGUCAGCUCUAGAUUGUGGCUCAGCAACUGAAAUGGGCAUCAAGGGCUAUGUCCUGAGUCUAUUGCCAAUCGAUAUGACCGGUCAUACCCUGCAGUGUUCGGAAACCUGGGCACCGACGAACAACGAAACGACGAUACCAACGAAGACACGACGGCGCAUCGACACCAAGCAACGACAUGGACGACCAGGAUCAGGGGACACACCAUCUGAGCCCCGUCUCUCGGGUCGACAAUGCCACCGAGGCCCCAGACAAGGCCCAGUGCGAAGGAAAUACAUGUUGGACGGAGGACCAUGGACGGCUAAGCUCUGUAUGGAAAUGAGCGAUGGCACGUAA